AUGGCACCCAAGAUCUCCACGGCACAGCGACGUUUGCUGAAGGAAUUCCAAGAGCUCUUGAAAUCUCCGACCGACGGCAUUGUGGCAGGGCCAAUCACGGAAGAUAACCUCUUCAGAUGGCGCUGUAUCUUGGAGGGUCCUCCGGGUACAGUCUACGAGAACGGAGUGUUCGAAGCAGAAAUGGACUUUCCAGCAGAUUACCCACUGUCGCCACCCAAGAUGAAGUUUACGUCCGAGAUCCUUCAUCCGAACAUUUACAAAGACGGCACCGUGUGCAUCAGCAUCCUGCAUCCGCCGGGAGACGACCCUCUGCAGUACGAAUCGGCAGACGAGAGGUGGGGCCCUUUGCAGAGCGUGGAGAAGAUCCUCCUCAGUGUGUGCUCGAUGCUGGCCGAACCCAACCCAAACUCGCCUGCUAACAUCGACGCUGCAAAGCUUUGGCGCGAGAACCGCGACAAGUUUGAUGAGAUUGUGCGGGCCCAGGUGCUUAAGUCUCUCGACUAA